CCUUCAUGUCUAUCUCUCAGUCCACGCUUCUCGUCGCCACUCUUUACCCUGCCUUCCGUUUGAGAUCGCUUGUCUAACAGAUGUCGCACCCUGUCGACCUCACAGACUCGGGAAUUGUUAUGGCAGAGCAGAGCAGCCACGAUGUGGUAAAACAAACCCUGUCGGGCGGCGACCCUUCGCCUUCCGACGUUCCUGCGAGCACCAACGACAAGCACACUGCUGGAGGGGACGUGGGGGAGUUCAAUCAUACCGCUUCAACAUCGCAAUCCGAGAUCACGGUCAACACGCCACACGACGAGCAGAGGACGGACGCCGAAUCUUCGACGGAACGGAAUGAAUCGGGAAGGAACUCUGGGAAAUCGUCGACUGAUAUCCCGAAGCAGAGUCCGGGGGCGGUAGCCACGCGAGCACUGGAAAUGAACGGAGUAGCGUCGGGGUCGGAGGCUGGAGAGGAGACGGCUUCGCUGGGCGGCUCGGAAUCCGAUGCCAGUCGGACAGACGGCAAACUGGGCUCGCGUCCCAAGAAGCCCGCAUCCUUCAAGCCGGUCAGCUUCGCCAAGUUUUCGGUUCCUAAGGCCCCGGGUGCUUCUCCGACGACCAAACCAGCGGAAAAAGCCCCUUUGUCUAGCUCGACCACACCCUUGGGGACGCCGCUGCCGAGCUCAAGGCCGCGUUUGGUCGCGAAAACGACGGGCAGCCUACGAGACGCUUUGUCAAAGACCGGGCCCGGUGCGGCUAAAUCAGGAGCACAUGGACCGGACCCAAACCAAGUGUGGAAUAAGAAUCGACCGGUACAACAAACACCUCCGAAGAAUCUGACGGACGAAGAACUGAAGCAACACUAUGGAAUCCACUUGACAUCGCGCAUUCAAGAAGACGGUGGCGGAACGGAAUCGAAAUGGGCCGAUAUCGAUGAUGACGAAGACGACUGGGCCCCGGAGACAAUCGAAUGGACGGAUGGGACGAAGAGCAACCUGAACCAGCCGCCAGAGCCGGAGCCUCAGCCAGAGACUGCGCCGCCAGUCAUCCCUGAUGACAGACCGCCUGCAGAACCUAGGCAAGAGGUCUUGCCUCGUGAAGUAGAGACUGCGCAAGAGCCCCCGCAAGAGUUCCCGCCGGUUGAACACGUUACGAUCACCAAGGAGACACCCAAGUUUGUUCCGAAACCUACAACUUCUGUCGGCCCGAAUCCGACAAUUCUGCGACUCGGGGCGAACUCAGAACGACAGAUCAAGAGUGGAAGCUUCUCCAUGAAGGGACCUGGCGACAAAUCUCUGUCGUCGUCCACUAGCCCCGCCCCUCCCCCUCCUGUCAAAUCGCCAUGGGCACCACUGCCUCCGGUGGAGAAGAUGUCCCCCGUUAUGCCGCCCGUUCAGAUUCAACCGUUGCAGCGCCCUCCAGUGAAAGAACCCGUCCGCCAUGAUGGUUUCCAAGGACCUCCACCGCCGAAGGAGAUCGCCGCAGAUGAUUUCAACCGUGUAUGGAGGGAACAGUCCGGUACCCGCGAGCUCUAUAACUCGCGAUCUGGUCGUUAUGAACCCGUCGCCGAACCUCGAAAGGGCACUUGGCGCGCCGAGCAGAACGUGCGGACUCCUUCUGUGCUGCAAAGGCCCGCGCCUGGUGAACAAACCGGCCCUGCCGAGCCCUCCGCGGCUUUCCAAACCCAUCGGUCCAGCGGUCAAGAUGGCAUGCAUUGGCCGCGCCGCCGGACGUCAUCUAACGUAAGCGGAGGGAGUGGCAGCUUCGGUCGUCGGAUGUCGAUUGGUCGACCUGACGCUGCGCAACGGUCAUUUGACAAUAGGAGAGGAUCCCUGGUCAACGGAAUGGCGGACCCGUCGAUACAGUCCAGAGAGGUAGCACCGAGAGAAACUCACAACCGUGAACUUUCACCGUCGCGGCGUGGUCCAGGGGCUCCUUGGCCUCAACGCAACGCUGGGCCCGUAUAUGACCAAGGCCCAGCCGCGCCUGGUGUAGCUGCACCCCCAGCAGGUCCCCACCCCGCCGAAGACAAUCAUGAUCAUGUUGCGGUACCACAGGCCCCACAGGCACCCCAGGCACCCCAAGAGGAUCCGGUUGCAAUACAACAACGGAUCAUGAAGGAGAAGCGGAUGGAAGCCCGACAGCGAAGAAUCGAGCAGGAAGAGAAGGAAGAAGCGGCCAAGCGCGAAAGAAUUCGGCAAAAGCUCGAAGCGCUGGGCCCGGCGCCGGCGAAGCCGGCAGAAAAGCGCAAGGAAUCGGUCGAUGGCGGCCGACCCGAAGCGCAUUCACCGGCAGCCCCCGCGCAUGUCAUACAGUCGCCGCCCAAACCGCCGGUCCCGGAACCAACUGGGGAACCGAAACAAUAUGGAAUGAUGAAGGUCCAUCACCCGGAUACUGUCAAAAAGCUCGUUGGGAAGGACAGGCCGACGGAGACCGCUCCGAACGCUCGCCGCGCCGCGUCGCCGCACCGCGAACCCAGGCCCGAACCUACCGUGGCCAAUGGAUUGCAGCAGUCCGAUGACACUCAAACGCAAGCCCAUGAUAAAAGCCCUGAAGCCAAGAUCGACGAGCAGAGCCCUCAAUGGAGAGGUGGCCUCAAUGUCCCUCCCAAUGUCCCUACCAAUGUCCCUACCAAUGUCCCCACCAAUGUCCCGACGACAUAUUCGCCGUGGUCUGCAAACGCCAAGCUCGUCGGAACUUCCCCUUCCCUGUCAAAUCCUUGGAAGCCACUCAGCAAUGACAAGACUCUCGGCAAUGGCAUAUUUGAACAAGGCCUUGGAGGGUUCCCAUCUCGGGACAUCUCCCUACGAAGCCACUUUGGCUUAGAGCAGCCGGCUCUUCCCCCGGGGUCUCAGCCUUUCUCUGCUCCAUCCCGAUCCCCGCAGGACAGUGCGUCGAUAUCCCCCUUGCCAUCCCCGGAGGUCCGGUUCAUUCCCCCUCCUUCUAUUGUGCGGCCGGGCCCGAUUGGACCCCCCAGCUCCCAGCAGCAUCACCGGCAACACGAGAACCGCGUUGCGGGCACAACGGCUUGGAACAACUUCCCCACCGUUGCUGCAAAGCGCGAGGCUGAAGAAAGCGAGAAACUUCGGAAUGAGAUGGGUUCGAUUCGGGAGGGCGCGACGUCACUCCCAGUCGCGUUCAACGAGACCUGGCGGCAGGUCCGCACAGGGGAACAAGUCGGUCAGAGGCAGGUUGUCGGAAUCUCCAGGUCCACUGACAGCAGUGCGCCGCUCCCGAAUCCCCUUGCCACUAUUGAACCCGCUGUCAGCACGCUUCCAUUCACCGAGACUCAUGCACGCCCAAGUGGCAGCGUCCCUGUCCGCAGUUCGAGGUUCUUCCCACAGGUCACGGAACAGAAGAAGUCGGCCUUCGAGGAACCGGACUACAUGCGUAGUCCUUCGCCACCUCCCCCAGAAGAAAUGGCGAGCCAUCCUGUCUUCACUGGCGAUUCGCACAAGCCUUUGGUGCAUCUUCCUGGGCCGAAGCCUAUCGUCAAACUUCCUCCCAAGGUGGUCGCUCAACCUCAACCACCUCCAACCUUCGCCUCUAUGGUUGCCGCCCCCCCGCGGACAGCUCCUGUGUCUACUGCGACUUCGUGGCAAGAGAAAAUCGACUGCCUUUUCGGGAAGAAAACGGCACAUGAGAAGAAGAGCGCGUUAGCGGUCACGUCAUCGUCCAAGGAGCCGCUUGAUGUACCACUGCACAUCGCCGCCGUCUCGGUGUCACUCCCCAACAACGGAGAGCUUCCUGUUGGAGACGGUGAGGUCAUUGCCCGGCAAGUUGAGGAGGUAGAGGAGAUGUUUGAGGACCGUGAAGCAGGCUCUCUGCCUGUCGUCCGAGUCCCUACCAUGGCCCCCGCAGCGGCAUGGGCGGCAGCACCACCCCCUUCCCAAUCUCGCCUACGUUCGAAACAUCUCAAGGCGAUGCAGGUCCACAGCGUUGAGCCAUUCUCAUUUGGACCUUACGACAAGGAUCAGUCUGGAAAUGUCCGAAUCAACGUUCGUCUUUCCGGUGUAAGUGCCCCGAAGACGGUUGUGCUUUCCAAGAAAGCCGGAGGCCAACAUUCUCGACCUCGGGGACCCUCAACCUUCAAAUCACGAAGGAGUGGAAAGCCCCGCGAGACAACUGGAGGCUCGAAUCCCAAAAAGUCGACGUCUCAACAGACAAGCGGAACUGGGUCUCCGCGCCACCAGUCCAAAGGCAACUCAGGCAACAAUAACAACAACAACUCCUCCUGGGGACCACGCAGCUUCAGCGGCUCCCGUUAAAUCGGCCCGAUUGAGCAAGAUCCUCUUUAUUAGGCAGGUGAGGAAGUCGCAUUUUUUCGAAUUCAUCACUGCCCACAACCCCCCCUCUCGGAUUUGAAUUGGUUUUUGCCGGGUUUCGAGUAAUUCCUUGAGCGUUUUUAUUUCGGUAUUGAUGAGCUACGCCUGUGUGGGAAAUUCAUUGGGUCUGGACUGGUUUCUUCUUUCUUUUUCUUUCU